UGGAUUGCGCGGUCAAAUCAAAGCAAUAUGGCGGAUUGGCACAAUAACUUGUAUUUCGGAAAGUAUUAUUUUGGUUCGAAUGAAAAGAUUGUGAAUAGUGCAUAUAAAGUUAUUCUUAACAUUGAUAUUUAUAAGAAAAUAGUAUCUUACAUGCAUAUAUAACAAUAGCGUGUAUUUUCUGUUACAUACAAAAGUGAGAGAAUUUAAAAUAUCGAAUCUGGGUGUAUGUGCUUCAAAAUUUAUUUCGUUAAUGGACAUGAAGAUGACCUUAAUUACUAGGAUAUAUUAGCAUUGUCGUGUACUAACUGUACUGUUGAUCAUAAUUUUUUAUAUGAAAAUAUGUCGUCAACUCAAAGUAAAAUGCGAGGUCCUGGAAGACCACCUAAAUCAAAGAAUUCUUGUACUUGGUGUGGAGAGACUAAACAACCAUUAAAAUAUGUUCUUCCCACUCAGCAUGGGAAAAAAGAAUUUUGUUCUGAAACAUGUCUGUCGGAAUUUCGUAAAGCUUAUGUACGUGGUGCUUGCGUACAAUGUGAUAAUGUAAUCAGAGGUACACCAGUUAAAUUGGAACAAAAAGAUGGCCCCACAAAAGAUUUCUGUUCAUCAUUUUGCCUUAACAAACAUCAAAAAAAGGAAGGUCAAGUUGAGAUGAAAAAAAGUAAUAAAGAUCAAUCAUCACCUGCAUCUUCUCCAGUUCCAUCCAACUUAUCAAAUAAUAACAGUGUAGCAUCUGCAACACAAGUUUAUACUCAUACAAAUAAUCAUACAACUGCAUCUCAUCCACCAUCUACUUCAACUGGUCCAUUUCAAUAUGAGACAUAUCAAACUUUUGAUUGGGAUCUUUAUUUAAAAGAAACAAAUAGUUCUGCAGCACCUGUCGAAUGCUUUAAACAGCACGAAGUGCCACCAACAAAUGAAUUUAAAAUGGGCAUGAAAUUGGAAGCUUUAGAUCCUCGUAAUUUAACAUCAACUUGUAUUGCAACAGUAGUUGGUGUCCUUGGUCCUCGAUUAAGACUACGACUUGAUGGAUCAGAUAAUAAAAAUGACUUUUGGCGUUUAGUUGAUAGUAAUGAAAUUCAUCCAAUUGGACACUGCGAAAAAUCAGGUGGUAUGCUUCAACCUCCCUUGGGCUUUCGUAUGAAUGCUUCCAGUUGGCCAAUGUUUCUAUUGAAAACAUUAAAUGGAGCUGAAAUGGCACCAGCUAAAGUAUUUAAACGUGAACCAAAGACACCUCGUUCUAAUAUGUUUGAAGUUGGACAUAAAUUGGAAGCUAUAGAUAAAAAAAAUCCACAACUUAUAUGUACUGCUACUGUUGGUGCUGUGAAAGAUGAUAUGAUUCAUAUAACCUUUGAUGGUUGGCGUGGAGCAUUUGAUUAUUGGUGUCGCUUUGAUUCUAGAGAUAUCUUUCCUGCAGGAUGGUGCUUUAAAAGUGGACAUCCACUACAACCGCCAAGGCAAAAAUCAACAGGUCCUAACAGAUUUAAGUCAAGGACUAGUAAUGUUUUGCCAGUGAUGGCAGUGUCUGGUGGUGGUGCGAGUGGAGAACCAGCAGUUGCUUUGGUAAGUCCAGCUGGUUCAAGUCCACCUCCACAACCAGCUACAGAACCAGAUACUAGUACAGCUAAUACUAAACCACAUCCUCUUGAUAAUGUUACUAUUUAUGUGAAUCACAAUUGUACAUGUGGUCCUUAUUUCGAUCCUCGUAAAGUAAAAGCUAUGCCAGCACAAUUUGGUACAGGUCCUAUAUUAAAUGUCACAAGAGAUAUUUUCCAAGCUUUUCUCAUGGCAGCAAUGAGUCCAAGACAAAUGUUAAGUUUGUUGAAACGUGGCGAAGGGGAAAAUAUCAAUUUAAUUUUAGAAAGUAAACCUACUUCUGUUAGAUUACCUUUAUUUAUGGAAGAAGAAGAUUUUUAUGUGUAUAUCAGGCGGCAACUUGAAGAUCUUUGUGCUUGUGAACACAUGCUGUCCAGAAGAAAAGAACCUUGUAAUAAAUGUCCAAAUACUCAACAACCACAAUCUACAAAUUGUGAAGAAACAAGUAAUAACAGUGCUGAGAAACGAAGAUGGUCGUCUCAAAGCCAACAAACUCUUUCAUCUAGUAUGCAACAGCAAGCACAACAACCUGUGCAAAGUAUAAAUAACACAACACUUUCAUCUCCUACACCAGCGAAACAACCACGCAAAUCAGUUCCUGAAUUGGAAGCUGCAACGUCAACGACUCAGUCAGAAAAUACAGCAAAUCGUACACUCUCUACAGAACCAGCUGAAUGGACCAUAGAAGAUGUUAUACACUAUAUUGCCCUAACAGAUCCUGCAUUAGGACAGCAUGCAGAUUUGUUUAGAAAACAUGAAAUCGAUGGAAAGGCUUUACUUCUUUUGAAUUCUGAUAUGAUGAUGAAAUAUAUGGGACUAAAGCUUGGACCUGCUCUUAAGAUCUGUAAUUUGGUAAAUCGUAUUAAAGGUAGAAGACAUAUAAUACUAUGACUCUCUCGGAUAUAAAACUAUAUACAGUGAGGUAAACUGCAUUUGAACUGGCUGGUCAAAUUUGUUUUCAUAAAUGAAAACAUUAAUAUAUAAGUUGUUAAAAUAAUGUGAAUAUAUGAAUGAAUGUAAUAUUAUUAUGUCUAAA